AUGUCGGUUCUACCACAGGAAGUUCACACGGCGCUGUCGCAGCUGUUACUGGCCCUUUCGUCUGCCGAUAAUAAUGUUCGGACCCAGGCAGAGGAGCAGUUGAACAAUGAGUGGGUUCAGGGCCGUCCAGACGUGUUGUUGAUGGGCCUGGCAGAACAGAUACAGGCGUCCGAGGAUACAAAUACACGGUCAUUUGCCGCCGUGCUUUUCCGACGUAUGUCAGCCAAAUCGAUAAAAAACCCGACCACUGGCGACCCCAGAGAGCUCUUCUUCAGUCUUCUCCACGACCAACGAGUGGCUGUUCGACAGAAGUUGCUCGAGGCUUUGAGCGUUGAGAGUUUCGCCCCUGUCCGGAAUAAGAUUGGAGACGCAGUAGCAGAAAUCGCGUCUCAAUACUCAGACCAAGGAGAACCAUGGCCAGAACUUCUAGGCCUCCUCUUCCAGGCUAGCCAAUCUCCAGUUAGUGGUCUCCGCGAGACUGCAUUCCGUAUAUUUGCCGCUACCCCAACGAUUAUAGAGAAGCAGCAUGAGGACAUGGUCCAGGAAGUCUUCUCAAAGGGAUUCCAGGACGAUCACGUUUCCGUCCGCAUCUCUGCAAUGGAAGCAUUUGCAUCGUUCUUCCGAUCAAUCAGCAAGAAGACGCAAGCCAAGUUCUUCGGAGUCGUCCCUGAACUACUGAACACGAUCCCACCAUUGAGGGAGGGAGAUCAGAGUGAGGAGCUGUCCAAGGCAUUUGUUGCCCUGAUGGAACUUGCGGAAGUCAACCCCAAAAUGUUCAAGGGUCUCUUCAACAAGCUCGUGAAAUUUAGUGCCAGCGUUAUCGGAGAUGCGGACCUGUCUGAACAAGUCAGGCAGAACGCUCUUGAACUCAUGGCUACUUUUGCCGACUAUGCGCCAUCCAUGUGCAAGAAGGAUCCCACCUAUGCACAAGAAAUGGUUACCCAGUGCCUUAACUUGAUGACCGACGUCGGCCAGGACGACGACGAUGCGUCUGAAUGGGGAGCAUCCGAGGAUCUUGACCUGGAGGAAAGUGAUAAGAACCACGUUGCUGGUGAACAGUGCAUGGACCGACUCGCCAAUAAGUUGGGAGGACAGAUUAUCCUUCCCAUUACCUUUAACUGGAUCCCGAGAAUGAUGUCGUCCACAUCAUGGCGCCACAGACACGCUGCUCUCAUGGCCAUUUCAGCAAUCUCCGAAGGAUGCCGUGAUCUGAUGAUCGGUGAGCUCGACCAAGUUCUCGCCCUGGUCAUUCCAGCCCUCCAGGACCCUCAUCCUAGAGUUCGCUUCGCCGGAUGCAAUGCCUUAGGCCAGAUGAGUACCGAUUUUGCUGGCACUAUGCAAGAGAAAUACCACUCUAUUGUUCUCGGCAGCAUUAUCCCAGUUCUCGUCUCAGAACACCCUCGCGUUCAGGCACAUGCUGCCGCUGCUUUGGUGAACUUCUGUGAAGAGGCAGAGCGCGCUGUCCUCGAGCCAUAUCUUCCAGACCUCCUGCAAAACCUCCUCCAGCUUCUCCGCAACCCCAAGAGAUAUGUGCAGGAGCAGGCUCUCUCCACCAUUGCCACCAUUGCAGACUCAGCAGAGGCCGCUUUUGGCCAGUUCUAUGACACGUUGAUGCCCCUUUUGUUCAACGUCCUCAAGGAAGAACAAUCCAAGGAGUACCUUGUUGUGCGUGCGAAAGCCAUGGAAUGCGCGACUCUCAUUGCAUUGGCUGUUGGCAAGGAGAAGAUGGGUUCGGAUGCCAUUGAUUUGGUUCAGUUGCUUGGCCACAUUCAGCAAAACAUUACCGAGCCAGAUGACCCUCAAUCCUCCUAUCUCCUUCACUGCUGGGGUCGCAUGUGCCGAGUGUUAGGGCUCGCAUUUAUUCCAUAUCUUCCUGCUGUUAUGCCUCCAUUGCUUCAGGUUGCUGCUUCCAACGCAGAUGUCCAAAUUUUGGAGAAUGAUGAGAGCCUUCGAGACGUUGAGCAAGACCACAACUGGGAGCUGCUCCCAUUCAAGGAUAAGAUCAUCGGCAUCCGAACCAGCACGCUCGAGGACAAGAACACUGCCAUCGAGUUGAUCACAAUCUACGCCCAAGUCCUCGAGGGUGCCUUUGAGCCAUAUGUGGUUAAAACUUUGGAGGAGAUUGCCAUCCCCGGCCUGGCUUUCUUCUUCCACGACCCCGUUCGGGUGUCCUCCGCUAAACUUAUCCCCCGUCUUUUGAACUCCUACAAGAAAUCUCAUAACGAACAGUCCGCAGAAUUCCAACAAAUGUGGUCUACUACCUUGGUUAAGAUCAUCGAGAUCCUUACUGCGGAGCCUUCCAUUGACACCCUUGCAGAAAUGUUCCAAUGCUUCUAUGAAUCUGUGGAGGUUGCGGGCAGAAACUGUCUUACUCCUCAGCACAUGCAGGCAUUCAUCGAAGCUUCUAAGAGCGCUCUUGAAGAUUACCAGAAGAGAGUACAGAAACGCCUCGAAGACAAGGCCGAGCUUGAUGAUCCCGAAGAGGAUGCCUUCUCAUUUGACUAUGAGAUGGAAGAGGACCAGAACCUCCUAAGCGACAUGAACAAGGCUUUCCACACUAUCUUCAAAAACCAUGGUCCAGCAUUCCUGCCCGCCUGGGAACAGUUGCUCCCAUUCUAUAACUCCUUUGUCACCAGCGAAGACCCCACACAGCGACAGUGGGUCCUCUGCAUCAUGGAUGAUGUUCUUGAAUUCUGCGGCGACCAGUCGUGGAACUACAAGGACCACAUCCUCAAGCCAUUGAUCGACGGCAUGCAAGAUGAGAACCCAUCCAACCGCCAGGCCGCCGCUUAUGGUGUUGGAGUUGCUGCCCAGAAGGGUGGAGAAGCGUGGAGCGAGUUCGCCGCCGCUAGUGUUCCAAUGUUAUUCGCCGUAACCCGCUUUGCUGAUGCUAGGUCGGAGGACCAAGUUUUUGCUACUGAAAACGGUUCUGCCAGUAUAGCUAAGAUUUUACACUUCAACUCCAGCAAAGUUCCCAACCCUCAGGAAGUAGUGGACAAUUGGAUUGAUACUCUGCCAAUCGAAAAUGACGAGGAAGCCGCUCCUUACGCAUAUGCUUUCCUUGCCCAACUUAUUGACCAGCGAAAUCCUUCUGUUCUCGCAAAGGCUGAGAAGGUAUUCACAUCUAUUGUCCAAGCGCUGGAGGCCGAGACCCUCCAAGGCAACAUAUGCAGCAAGGUUGUGGAGGCAGCGAAACAGUUAGUGGCUGCGACUGGCGUGAAUGCUGACCAGAUCCUCAACAUUGUCCGCCCAGAGAAUCAGCUCGCGGUUCGCAGACACUUCCAAUGA